AAAUUAUGCCAAUCGUAGGAGCCCGUUAUCGAAGCAAAAGCGCAGAACUAUCACAUGAAGUAGCGACGUUAUCGAUGAGCACUACAGCCACCACAACGUCGUCAGGUUUGGGCAUGGAGACUGUUGGAUCCACUCGCACAGCGCUGGUCAUUGAUGGGUCUUACGCGAUGAUUGGAGCGCGCGACCUGGUACGGAGCACGCUAAUAAGCUGAGAUGAAGGUUUACGUUGUGUGUUGACCGUAGUCUGUGUACGCAACUGCAGGGCGGCAAGAUCGACUACAUCAAGCUCCGUGCCGCGCUGGAAGAACAAGCGUCGACACAGUUUGGAGGUGAGCGUGGAGCUAACGCAAGGAAAAUUGUUGUUCUUCGGCGUGUGUGUGCAAUGACCAUUAGGUUCUAUCGCGCCUGCGAAAUCGUAGGUGGAUGCUUGUUGACGUUCUGGUGUCCCAUUAGAUUGCUGGUUUUUCGACCAAAACCCGUCUGUUCAGCGGCUGAAUCCAGCGUUGAUAGCGGAAUACCACAUGCUGAAGUUUGCACCUCCGGAUGGACCUCAGGUAUUGCAGCUGAAUCUGCUGGGUAUGAUGUUGCGUGGGUUGAUGGUGUGGAAAUUGCAACUUCUUAAAGUUCCAGGUCAGCUUGUUCCCGAUGAAAAAAUAUAAUUGUCACUGCAGAAAAUGCGGCAACCACUUCACGCAGAAUGUGCAGAAAGGUGUUGACAACGGAAUCGCUACCAAGAUCCUAUCGCUAGCCUACGAAAACGUAUGCUCACUCUGUGGUGUCACCUGGCCAUCAUUCGUAAAAACAUUCCGCAAACCCUGUUCUUGUUAUGUGUAUCAGAUUUGCGACCGCUUCAUUUUAUUUGCGGGUGAUGGCGAUUUUUACAGCUCACUUAGCCACGUCCGCAACGUGUUACGAAAGGAUAUAUGGGUAAUUGGCUACAGAGGAACAGUAUCGGGGGACCUGCAGCAGCUGGCGUCACGGGUUCUCUGGAUGAACGACUUGUGGUCUCAAGUUAAGAAUAUCCACCAGGAGAGAUCUCAAGACAAUGGACGCAGAGAGGAAGGACGAAGAGAUAAGGGAAGAAACAAAGAGCGAACCGAUGAAGUCCGAUGGUUUGAGGAUCACGAAGGCGAAGACUUCCAGUUUAGCAAUGACUCCUGUUCACCACCCGACGAAACACAAGAGGGUGGUAGUGGCCGCCAAGUUGUCAUAGCCCCGGUUGAUGAAGGUGCGUCAGGUCGCUCUAGCCAGCCAGUACGUGGAGGAUCUCGAGGUCGUGAAGGGCGCUUAAAUGGAAGAAGUCGAGGGAGAAAGGGCCGGGGACGAAGCCGCUCCAGAUCGAGGGAACGGCCGCGUGCUAAACCGCCUAGCAUCGAGAUUGCUGCCACCUCGAAUGCCCUACCUGUCGACAGCGCAGCACCUCCAGUUCCGGCGUCAGUGGCUAGUGUCCCAGCGAGAGUGACUAGUGUCCCAGCCGGGGUGGCUAAAAGGAAGAGAAAGCCAUUGGCUAAAGGAAAACGAGGUCCUGGUGAGAGAAAUGGCAAGAAGCGGAAAAGAAAUGGUGCGGAUAUGAACGGGCAGGGGCACGCAAAACGAGGAGCUCGUGGAGAUACUAGCAAGCAGGCAGACGAUGCGCCAGUGUUCACUUUAUCGGAUAUCAGCUCAGAUGAUGAAGAUGUGGGAGGCAAACCGUUUCCACUGUCAUUACCAGUGCCACUGAGAUCAGCGGCACCGGUCAUGACAGCGCAGGAUCAUGAUGCCAUGCUGGAUGAAAUCGGCGGUCGGACUGAAGUUAUCGAUCUCGCUUCCGAAACAGAAAGUGAGUGACAUGUCAGGUGGUUUCGACGGUGGCAGCAUGGGAGACGAAAGUUUUACACUAUCAAGCUGGACGAGGAGGACAGGGGUCGGACUGGCAACUCAACGGAGUGGAAUGUCGUAGUGUUUGUUACCUAUGGCGCGUGAACUGUUGCUACGCUUGCCGUAAUGCAGCGUGGUGAUCCCACGUGCUGCUUUUCCUGUUGGGGUGUGACGAGGCUUUCACAUUGGUCGGAUGUUAGUUGCGCAAGCUCUUCGCCCAGUGAAGAGGCGAUGCUAACAUGCGGAAUGGGAUCCUACACGAUCAGAAUCAACCCCAACGCGAGCGAGCAGCGCAAUCCGCGCCAUAGACAGCAAACACAACGACAUAAAAGCUUGAAUAUUACCGCUCAGUUUCAUGCAAAACUGGAGAGGGGAAGGCGUACCUUGUAGUAGGUAGGUAGCUCGAAGCGCGAGAGGCACUGGUUCACGCAGCGCAGCACUUGAGUGAACUGCUGCUCUCCCUCGUCAACUCGAAGCGCCAGGAACGAGCGUGUCUUCUCAUCGUUCACCAACACGAGAGCGCGCCGUAGGGUAACAUUGAAUCUGAGUGCGUAUCAAGCUCACACGAUAAUUAGUACGAGAUUCGUUACAUGGCAUUUGCAAACGUAAGCUACCGUUGUUGCCAUUUGAGUGCAGCACGGAGCGAGUCCACGAAGCCAUUUAUCUGGUUGUAGGUGAGAACAAACGGCCGCGAGAGACUCAAGUGCAACGUAUUGUUUGCUUCCGUAGAAGGUUCGCUAAGCCCAAGCUCUUCGAAAGGCACCAAUGAUACUGCUUCACCGACAAUAUCCUGAGCACGCUCAAUAGCGUAUCUGGCCAGCUCACGAAGCUCGUCGGAGACGGGGACAUCGAUUCGUACGUGGCUCGGCCAAUUGCCAUCAACGUGAGGGAAAGCUCGUUUCCACUGCCGCUCAUCGGAGCGCUUCCGCUUGGUGCCAACAUGCGCAUCUUCCCCAGCAUGUGCACAUUCCACUUCGCUGUCCGUCGAGGACGAAGCAGCGUCGUCUGAAGACUCGGGUGAUGAACCGUAGGCAGCGACGAUGGACUCCAUUUUAGUGAAGAAGAGACAGGGACAAAAACGGGGAAUUGAAAAUGGCUUAAAGCGUUAAAUGGAUGUUUGCUGCUAAAUGC